UGGACAUCACAGUGCAUGCAACAACGGUCAGAGCAACUACAAAAACCGCCAUGUUAGUUCAUGUUAUGUGUUAUUGCUUGCUUUUUCUUGGCACUAGUGUCGUAAUGUCACGUGGCGUUUGCUUACAAAACGUGAACUGCUUCCUACCGAAAUGUUUCUGUAGUACAUUUCAACAUCUUAUGAAGCGAAGUGAUAUCCCACAGAUGGUGUACUUCGGUUUUGAUGAUGCUGUACAUGGCCAGGUAUCUCAUCAUUACGAUUACCUGUUUUUGAGUAACGUAACUAAUCCAAACGGAUGCCCUGUGAGUAUCACUUUAUUUGUAUCAGACACGUACACUGACUACACUAUGUUGAAGAAGUACUAUGAAGCUGGAUUUGAACUCGCGGUCCACAGCGUUUCACAUCAGAACAUUGACACGGGAAGCAAAGUUCGACAGGAAGCGGAAGAGCAGAAAAACAACAUUGCCAAUCAUACUGGUAUUCCAAUGGAGGAGGUGGUUGGAUGGCGAAGUCCAUAUCUCGUUACGGCAGGCGAUCCACAGAUAUAUGCUUUAGAAGAUCUUGGCUUUACGUACGAUAUUUCACUGAUCUACAGAAGAGCAGGGAUGGAUGGUGACGAUGCUUGGCCCUUCACUCUCGAUUACGGAUGGCCUUUACCGUGUGACAAAAUAUGUCCAAUGGAGAGUCACAAAGGGUUCUGGCAAAUACCUAUCAAUGCUAUGAUUGACUACAAACAUCAGUUUCCGUGUGCUUUCAUCGAUCAUUGCUAUAACACUGCAUGGAAUGAGGAGGAUGCUUAUAAAUAUAUCAUGGAUAACUUCUACAGUCGUUACAAUGGUAACAGGUCUCCGUACGGAUUCCAUAUUCAUGCUGUUUGGUUAAACUAUGCGUUUAACAAAAGAGCAAUGGAGAGAGCGAUCAAGGAUAUGAUGGACCAUGAUGAUGUUUAUAUCGUCAAUAUCAAACAGAUGCUUGAAUGGAUGAAAAACCCUACAAAAUUAUCCGAUAUAAAAAGAUUCGAUCCAUGGGGAUGCUGGCCUAUACAGUCGUCAGGAAAAAUAGUGUUGAUAGUAUUUAUAAAUAUUUUUAUUAUAGUAGGCAUAGCGUGUAUGACAAUAUGUGUAUACCGUCAUAAAAGCAAGCUGUUAAAAACCAUAUCAAACAAAGUUGGCUACAUUAUGCUCACAGAUAUAGAACGCCAGGCACAUGUAGAGGAGUCUGAUGGGGAAGGACAUCCUCAGGGAUAGCACUUAAAUAAUUAAUUUACUAUGUAUAAUCAUCUUUAUAAUUGUGUGUAUAUUAUCCGAAGUAAUUGUUUUGAACCCUUGGAUAACCAUAUUAUAAUGUCAGUUAAAAGAAUUUUGCC